AUGCCCACGUCAAAUAGCAUUCUGCAAAAGUUUCUCAGCAACAGCGUCGUCUUCGAAAAGUCCACCAAGUUGGCUCUGGUGGUCCGCGGAGACCUCAAAAUGUCCAAGGGCAAGACAGCCGCCCAGUGCGCUCAUGCGGCGGUCAUGUGUUAUCAAAGUGCCGCCCAAGGCACCAAACAGCAAAACGCAAUCCUGCAGCGCUGGUGCCGCUUGGGGCAGCCAAAAAUUGUACUCCGGGUGGACAAUUUUGAGCAACUUAGCGGUUUGGAACGGAGGGCACAAGAAGCUAACCUCGUGUCUGCAUUGGUACGAGACGCCGGGCGCACGCAAUUGGAAUCUGGAACGGCGACAGUUCUGGGACUGGGACCGGCUUCAAAUGAAGAAUUGGACAAGCUGGUAGCAGACUUGAAACUUUUGUGAAUUCAUAUAUUAUAUUUUAAAACAAUUAAAACAAUAAUUAAUUAACAAA